AUGCAUCCUAUCACCAGUCCUGUUGCCAGAUACAACACUCAUCAAGUCACCAGUCCUGUUGCCAGAUACAACACCCAUCAAGGCACCAAUCCUGUGGCCAGAUACAGCACACGCUGUGUCACCAGUCCUGCUGCUGGAUACAACACACAUCCUGUCACCAGUCCUGCUGCCGGAUUCAGCACACGCUGUGUCACCAGCCCUGCUGCCAGAUACAACACACAUCCUGUCACAAGUCCUGCUGUCGGAUACAGCACAUGCUGUGUCACCAGUCCUGCUGCCAGAUACAACACCCAUCCUGUCACCAGUCCUGCUGCCGGAUUCAGCACACGCUGUGUCACCAGUCCUACUGCCAGAUACAACACACAUCCUGUCACCAGUCCUGCUGCCGGAUACAGCACACACUGUGUCACCAGUCCUGCUGCCAGAUACAACACACAUCCUGUCACCAGUCCUGCUGCCGGAUACAGCACACACUGUGUCACCAGUCCUGCUGCCAGAUACAUCACGCGUCCUGUCACCAGUCCUGCUGCCGGAUUCAGCACACGCUGUGUCACCAGUCCUGCUGCCAGAUACAACACACAUCCUGUCACCAGUCCUGCUGCCGGAUACAGCACACACUGUGUCACCAGUCCUGCUGCCAGAUACAUCACGCGUCCUGUCACCAGUCCUGCUGCCAGCUAG